GCACGAGAAAAUGUCCCUCCAACCGACGAAGUCUGCGUUAUCGACGUGAUCAUAACCUCCAAAUCAAUAACAUUCGAAAACUUCUGAAGUCGUGAGGGUUUGUUAUUGUUUUUUGUGACAUAAUCAGGGGUUGAAGAUGUCUGGUGGGAAGAAAAGCAGACAACACGACCUGAGAAAGGCCAUGAUGGACCACAAGAGGAAAUCAGGAGCUGCGAAGAAGAUCGAUUCCCCACUGGCAAAGUACUCAGAAGCUGGCCAGCUCAUGUGCAUCAUCUGCAAGGUCGUAAUCAGAAGUGAAACAGCCUGGCCAGUGCACCUGAACUCAAAGUCCCACAAGGAGAACGUUUUAUCCACAAAAAAGUACCUGGAAACAAAGGAAAUUCCUGGGAAUCUCUCCAGGAGUGAGAGAACAUUCAAGAGACCCAGUUCUCCAGCUGGAGAGUCAGACCCUCCCAAGAAGAUCAAGGGGAUCUUGAAGAAUUCCGAGACGUCAGUCCUGCCCCCAGACUUCUUCGACAAUCGUCAAGGACUGACUAGAGUUCCAGUCCCUUCAGGUCCAGAAAUGACAGAGGAAUCAGUGACUGAACGUUCAUGGAGUGACAGAAGCUCCAGAGUAUCUGAUAGGGAUGAAGUUAAGGAGCUGGAGUCCAGUAAUUCUGCUGUUCUACCAGAGGGAUUCUUCGAUGAUCCAAUUUUGGACGCCAAAGUGAGAAAUGUGGAGUACAAAGACCCCAUCGAGGAAGAAUGGGACAAAUUCCAAAGAGAAAUGAGGGAAGAAGCUGCUCAAUCAGCUCAAAUUAUUGCUGAAGAUCAGGAGGAGGCGACGACUGAGAGACAAUUGGAUGAGAUUGAGGAGCAGAUUCGCAACUGGUCGAGAGUAAUGGACUUGGUGAGACGAAAAGAACAGGUCCAGGCAGCUGAGAGGAAGAAGGAAUCGGUGGAGGAGGACAUGUCGAGCGGUGACGAGAGUGAAUACGACGAGUUUUUGGAUUGGCGAGCAAAAACGUCUUAUAAAUAAUAAAUAACAACAAUCAAUCCUCCAGUGUAAGAUAAUUUUAUUAAAAUGAAUUCAGAUAGCAAAGACAUUACAGAUAAGUCAAAUUUAAUAAAUGUUUAUCAUCUUAAUGAGAUAAUUAAGCUACGAUAAUUAAUAUUGAAAUGUUGUACUCAGUAAUUACUGUCGAGUACAACGGAAAUUAAUUACUACGAGAGAAUAAUUGGGUGUGACAAAGUGAAAUGUAUCACUUUGUCUGUAAAAUAUCAGGAACGAUAAAAGGAUUUUUUUAAUAAUAAAUAAGCAGCUUUGCAAUUAA